AUUGACGUUCCUUCGCUCCUUUAUUUCAAUAGUCUCUCCUUCUUAGAUAAGGUAGUUUUACCCUUGACCUUCACUAAUGGCUCACAUUGAGGAAGACCGCCUCGACCAUCUGAGGACUGAGGUCGAGAACAUCUCCCGCACUUUGGGAGCUCAACAUGGCGUGGGAAGUACGAGAGAUGAGCUUCUCCACAGCGCCAGACGCAUCGUUGCCUUUAUCGAUUCUAUGCACAUAUCUCAGGAACCUCGGAUAGAACGAAAACAGCUCGAACUCAUUGAGGCACUGCAAAAUCUCGCAUACUACGAUGCAGACUCAGGCGGCGUGAAAGAUCUUGCUGAGUGGUGCAUGCAAAAGUGGCUAACUGUUCUUGAGGAAGAUCCUGAGAACUGGCAGGCCCUGAAAGGUCUUGGCCACGCAUGGCUGUUUAAAUCACAAGUGUCACUCGCAAAGAUCCACGGCAAGGAAGAAAGCGCCGUUUCUACUAUGGAACUGCCAAGGCCCUCUUCUGGAGAGCACCAUAGUAAAAUGGACGACGAGAAUGUUUUGCAUGGUGCCGACUAUGUGGAAGCUCGCGGUACCUUGCAGCCAUCAACAGAGUAUUUCUCUCGCGCCGUCAGGGCUGCCGAGAAGAAGCACGAGUUGACAGGAGAGCUCCUGGUUCUGGCUGCAGAAUCGUUUAUGAGUCUCGGGAAUGUCUCGUAUCCUGAUACGAGCAUGCAAUAUUUCACUCAAGCGGUCGAGUAUCUUCGAAUGGCUGAAGCUAUUCCCGGAUACAGUCUGCCUGCGCAUCUAUCUCAAUAUCUUCAGGAGUAUGGACGAUUAAUACCUUGACGUUCUCGGCAAUCAGUCAAGUCAAUGAUGCAACGGCCACUUAUAGACAAUUUCUGGGAAGCAGCUCAGUCUCUGCUCUCCCACGACCAUUUUUUUCGCGAAAAGCAAAAAGAAAAGAAAAGGGAAAUUAGAAGGAGGCAGGUGUUUUGAUUGAAUUCAUUCUCUCGUUUACAGGCAGCGCCUGCAGAUUGGCUUUUUUUGAUACUAGAAUUCUCAACUUUCCCCAAACUAUCAUUCAUUUCGGGGAAUAUGAGGCAUUGGCCUCAAGAGCAAUUAUACAAUAGCACCAUGUGGCUGCGAAGUUCUUCAGCCAGAACUCUCUGUUUAUGAGACCUCCUAUCGGAGGAAGAAGAGUACACCCGCAAGUAAUGAAAGUUAUUUCAAUGAAAGAGCCGAAUUUCUGGCCAUUGCCACUGCCUACUGUACGGGCGUUUACCGGCAAAAACAGACGAAAGGAG